CAAAACACAACCCCAUCACAAUGUCAACAACAGCCCUAACCCUCGCCCUCCUGACCUCCCUGGGCGGCACAAUCGGCUACCUGCGCACGGGCUCGGUGCCCUCGAUCGCGGCGGGCCUGACCGUCGGGCUGCUGUACCUGGUGAGCGGGCUGCGGCUGCGCGCGGCGCAGCCCUACGGCGCGGAGCUGGCGCUGCUGGCCUCGGUGGUCCUGUCGGGCAGCUCGAUCCCGCGCGCCAUCCGGACGGGCGGCAAGCCCGUGCCCACGGUGUUGAGCUUCGUGGCGGUCUAUGGGGUGUGGGUGUUUGGGGGGUUGGUCUUGAACCGGAAAUGAAUUAUGGGGGGGAGGGAUUGGUUUGGUUUGGAUUCGACCGGAUCCGGUUAUGACUUGACGGUACCUUAUGGGUUUGGUACUGGGGUAUGGGUUGUUUACUGUGCGGGGCGAGGGUAUACGGUUGCGUAUAGCAAAAACAAUGAUGAUAAGUUUGG